GUUCGUUUAAAAGGAAUUGAUUCAAUCCUCCUACUCCCGUGAGGCUUCUGGAUUUCUCGGCUUCAGUCAUCUUCUUAAAAUCAGAACUGAAUCGACAAGACGACAACCAUAUAUCCCCCGCCUUAGUCACCGUCAUCUUCUCCGCACCGGUCGCGGUCACGGCGUUAAUAGCCCCGGUGGUUCUGCGACUUGUCACGGCGUUAAUAGCAGCGGUCGCGGUCACGGCCUUAAUGUCACACAGGCCGUGAAACUCCACGGCGCCUGUGGAACGCUUCUUCUGCGGCUACCAGACCGGCAUCUUUUUUUAUUGUUCAAAUAGUGUUGAAAUUUCGUCAUCUCCAUAGUCAGCAGAUGGUAAUGGAAGCCGAUUCUCAAACCCUAAGCCUUCCCCAAGAUAUUAUAACUGACAUUCUCAAACGACUUCCUGUGAAAACCUUAAUCCGAUUUCAGUGUGUGUGCAAAUCCUGGAAGGACCUCAUCAAGUCCUCAUCUUUCGUCGCAGAACAGCUUCACUGCACCACUCCUUUUCUUCUUUUCAGCCGGAGCAGAGAUUUCAGUUUGGGGCACGGAGAUUGUAGUUUGGGUUUACGUUUACUCGAUUGCAACCUGCAAGUCCGAGAGGAGCUGCCAGAGCCACCUUUAAUAAUUGAUCCAUUGAAUCAUGCUAUCGUAGUCUGUUCCAGCAAUGGUUUGCUCUGUCUUCGAAUCUCCAUGUGUAGAUCAUGCAAGCAAGAACUUCCUCCAUCCCUUAUAGUGUGGAAUCCAGCGAUUUUUGAGGCCCUUGUGCUUCCUCCAACCUCACUAAUUGUAAAUUACCGAGGUAACUUCUUUGUAGGAUUUGGAUUCAGCCCAAUCAUUAAUGAUCACAAGGUAGUGAUGAUUUGGUUUUCUGCCGAAUCUUUUGGUGCUAGUCGAGCAGAAGUGUAUUCAUUAUCUUCAUGCUCAUGGAAAGUGGUAGAGUGUGGGUUGUUAGAUGGCAUGUGUCUGGAGUUUCAAACUGUCACAGCCAAUGGAUCGAUGUUUUGGAUUGGGUCCAAAAAGUGUGUUAAUGGCGAUGGGGGUACACGUACUGAUCUAAAGAUUGUCUCAUUUAACAUAACAACCGAGGUGUUCACUCUCAUACCAAUGCCAUCUCACUCCUUUUCAUUCUAUAGACUUGCAGUUUGUGAGAAGAAACUUUGCUUAAUAGCAGCCCCUUCUGCUUCUUCUUCUUCUUCUUCUCCGGGCUCUGGUUCUAAAAUUCAUUGGUGGGUGAUGGAGGAGGACAGAUGUAAUUGGGUUAAAAAAUAUAUUAGCUGCCCCCUUUCAUGCGCAUUGUCUCCUGUGACUAUUUGGAAGAAUGAAAUUGUGUGCUAUGUGGGUGGUUCUGUUAGGGUAACUGAAUUUGCAGGGGUUAAUGAUGAGCCAAAUAUUGCUCUUCUCAAUCUCACUACCGGUGGAUACAAGCUUUUUGUUUUCCGUGAACGUUAUAUUGCUAUCAAUCAUGUGGAGAGCCUUGUACCAGUUAGAGGAAAGAAGUACUCAUGCACUUGGACUUCAUAGUUGAUGCAUUUGGAGGACGAUGAAACAAAGUCACUUUUCUCCCCGUCGUCCCAAUGCUAUGUUUUGACAUUUCAGAGUAUCUAUACUUCUAUUUAUAAAUAAAACUUAGGAGUUUUU